AGUUUUUUUAUACCUACUUCAAUCAGUCAAAAAGUUCAAACCUUUCUUGCUCCCUCCCUCUUUAACUGAUACAAAGUAAAACCCUUUCCACCAUUUCCCAUCUGCAAGUCAAGAACCCAAGAACCCAUCUUCCAAAUUCCUCAAGCCCAUCAAAGAGACUCCCCACCAUGACAGGGAUGAUUUCAAACACAGCUGUGGUGGUGAUGGGUUUCUUGGGAAUGCUUUACAUGGCAACUCAGCUUCCACCACCACAGACAUCUGCUCUGCCUGACGAUCCUUCUCCAACCUCACCAAGAAUCAGGCUUGCUGAUGGGAGGCAUCUGGCUUACAGAGAAAGUGGGGUUCCCAAGAGCAGAUCAAAGUUCAAGAUCAUCAUAGUUCAUGGCUUUGGAAGCUCUAAAGAAAUGAGUUUCCAUGCACCCCAAGAAAUGAUAGAUGAGUUGGGGAUAUAUUUUCUGCUAUAUGACCGGGCUGGUUAUGGAGAUAGUGAUCCAAAUCCAAAGCGGUCAGUGAAGAGUGAAGCCCUUGACAUCGAAGAACUAGCCGAUCAGUUACAGCUUGGAUCAAAAUUUUAUGUGAUUGGAGUAUCAAUGGGAUCAUACUCUACCUGGAGUUGCAUCAAAUACAUCCCACAUAGGUUAGCUGGUGUGGCUUUUGUAGUCCCAGUUGUGAACUAUAGGUGGCCUUCAUUUCCAGACAAUCUGAUAAAGGAUGAUUACAGAAGAAAACUAGUCCAAUCAGCACUCUGGUUUGCAGAAUAUGCCCCUGGGCUGUUGCGAUGGUGGGUGACUCAGAAAUGGCUCCCUUCAACUUCUGUCAUGGAAAGAAACCCGGUAUUCUUCAACACCAGAGACAUUGAUGCCCUCAAAACAGCCCCAGGCUUCCCAAUGCUCACUAAGGAUAAAUUACGGCAAAGAGGGGUUUUUGAUACUCUGCAUAAUGACUUUAAAGCAGCUUUCAGCCAUUGGGAUUUUGAUCCGAUGGAUCUGAGUAAUCCAUUCCCGCAAAAUCAGAGCGCCGUCCACAUAUGGCAAGGUUAUGAAGAUAAGGUUGUGCCAUUUCAACUGCAAAGAUACAUUUCGUCAAAACUACCCUGGAUUCAGUAUCAUGAAGUUCCUGAUGGUGGGCAUUUGAUCAUCCAUUAUGCUGGUUUAUGUGAAGUCAUUCUCAGGACACUUCUGCUUGGUGAAGAAUCACUUCACUACAAACCUAUUACAGCCAAAACUGUAUCAUAAAUGUUAAAUACUAAACAUGUUCACUGUGUAGAUUGAUUCAUUUAGAGAAUCACAGCAUGUACAUUUGUGAUUGGAAA